ACGAGAGCAGUGAGCAAUACAACGCGAGGACAGUUGCACGGCUAACGAGCGCCUAGCCGCCCGCCGGACUCGGACACCGGCUCCGGCAGGCCUCGCCCGAUUGUCCACGAGCCCCGGGUACCCGCCACGGUCUCGUCAAUUUCUCUCCUUCGCCUCUCGCGGGCUCUCGCCUCUCGGCCAUACUGUAGCGCAUACCUGCUCCUUUUUUUGUUUGUACUUCCCUCCGCCCCGCUCCGUCCGCGGGAGCCGCGCACCAACGCCACCAACACAUCGUCUUGUGACGCGCUGUCGGACGCAUGCACGUUACUCGGGCGCUUUUGCUGCGUCCGCGCGUAAAUAUUCACGCUUACAAUGAGAUCUUUCAUAUAACGCCGAACACAAUCUAUCAAUAUGAAGUGCUUCGCCGCGAUCCUUUUGACCGUAACCUUUGUGACUGGUGCCGCCUCCGAGGCCUCUGUGCGGACAUGUGAACCUAUAAAAGUGGCUAUGUGCAAGAAUAUCGGUUACAAUCAAACGGGUAUGCCCAACUUGGCUCGACAUACCCUACAAGCAGAUGCCGAUGUGACUUUGCAGACGUUUACACCCCUAGUACAGUACGGGUGCUCACCCCAGCUGGAUUUGUUUCUGUGUACAGUUUAUGUGCCCAUGUGUACAGAUAAAGUGGCCUUACCAAUCGGACCAUGUAGAGGACUAUGUGAGAGCGUAUACGCCAGAUGUUAUCCAGUGCUUAGUGGAUUUGGUUUUCCCUGGCCGACAGAACUAGACUGUUCAUUAUUUCCCGCAGAAAAUAAUCAUGAACACAUGUGCAUGGAAGGUCCCGGCGACCAUGCACCACCUGUAGGUACAAUAUCCCUAGAUGCAUCUAAUUCAGGCAGGCCAGGCGCCUGCAAGCGACUCUUGAAACCUAAAAGCUGGGUGUGGGUACGUGGAUCAGGACGUUGUGCACAAUUUUGUGAUGCUGAAGUAUUAUGGGAAGCUGGGGAACGGCGGGCGGCAGAGGUGUGGCUUGCGACUUGGGCUGCAUUGAGUUUCGCUUGUACGUUGGCCGCAGUCGGAGCACAGUUGGCCUGUGGUGACAGAGGUGGAGCUGGCGAGCGUGCUUUAGUACUGGUGGCACUGUGCCGAUGUGCCGCAGCCGCUGGUUGGGGCGUUCGCGCUGCGGCAGGUCGCACAGCCGCAGGUUGUGCCAAGGACUCUGCUAUGCCCACACGAAUGCUGUUGGCACAUGAUGGUCUGGCCAAUCCUAACUGUGCUGUUGUUUUUCUACUUCUAUAUUACUUCGGGCUGGCGGCAUCUGUUUGGUGGGUUGUGGUGGCAGGUGCGUGGCGCGCGAGCGUUCUAAGACCACCGACUACUCCUGGUACAGCACGCAACGACCGUCACUCCUCGCUCCUCCAGCUGGCAGCGUGGGGUGUGCCGGCAGCGUUGGCCGCCGCUGUUCUUGUCACUAGAGACGUUGAUGCUGAUGAACUCACAGGUACUUGCUUUGUGGGUAAUCAGUCUACUAAAUCUUUAUUGGCAUUGGUUAUCGUCCCGGAGUCGAUAUGCCUACUUCUUGGCUGCCUGUUCCUUGCAUCGGGCCUUCGCGCAAUACUGCGGCGGCCUGCUCCGAUACCAGCUCCGUCUGCUCUCUUGAGCGGCCCUCCGCAACCACCAACAGACCAGAGUUUACUACGACUAGGAGCCUUCGCAGCUUUAUACGCCGUGCCAUCUACUUGCAUACUAGCAACAUGGAUGUACGAGUAUGCUUGGAGAGAUCACUGGUUAUCAGCUCCUAUGCCAUCUACUGAACCGUCAACCCAUCCGCAUCCUGCAUUUUGGGUGUUCUUGUUCAGAAUUUUCGCAACGCAAAUAUUGGGUGUUAUGGUCGCAGUUUGGAUAGCGACGCCCCGAUUAAAAGCCUUAUGGCGAAUGAUAGCUGGACCAAGGAAACCACCUUUAGCAAAGUGCCCAUCCGGUCCGCCACCUACGCCUUUAACCUUACAUUGUUAUGCCACUCACCCGCAUACACUGUCGCGGUCACAGAUUCACAAAUACGCGACGUACAGACCACCACAGCAACAUUCGUACAGAAAGCCAAGACAUUAUCAUUACUCUGCUGGUGAAACUAUCCUUUGACCGGCACAUUGGUAGCCGUCUGCUCAAGUUUCAAAAGACACGUCACUAUAGCAAGAGCGCCUCAGAUUGCAUUUAAUAAUGAUAGGACUGUAUAUAAUAGAAUAUGUUUCAUUGAUGUAAAAUAUAAGGUUUUGAAGUGCCAUUAAUUACGUUUGUAUAGUUUUAAGGCUGAAAUAGACCAACAAUGGAUUGGUUAAUUAAAUUAGGCAAUUACAACAUGCCAAGUCUUGUCAUGCAAAGGGCGAGCAAUGCAUGUUUUCUUAAG